GAAUAUACGGAGUAUUGGCCCAAUUCAAUGCAUCCGACGUGUUAAUGGAUUUUGGGAACAUUGUCUCCUAGCUUUUUGCAUCAACCCUUGUACCAUAUUGUACAAUAACCAAUUACCAAGCCAUUUGAGUUGACCCUCUAUACGGCGGCUUUAGGCGUUGCAGAUGGGCGAUACGGGCGUGAACGGAGACGUGGGAGGAGCAAUGUCAACGCCGCCACCGCCCACGGACUCGGCGGAUUCGGUUUUCGCGGAGGCGAAGAUAGCGGUGUGGUGGGACAUAGAGAACUGUCAAGUGCCUAGGGGCUCCGAUCCGCACGCAAUCGCGCGGAACAUGAGCUCCGCGCUGGCGAAGUUGAACUACUGUGGGCCAAUCUCCAUCUCCUCCUACGGAGAUACUACCCAAAUCUCGCCUUUCAUUCAGCAGGCCUUCAAUAGCACCGGAAUCGCCCUCAACCAUGUUCCUGCAGGUGCCAAAGAUGCUAGUGAUAAGAGAAUUUUGGUGGACAUGAUGUUAUGGGCGGUUGACAAUCCAGCUCCUGCUAAUUGUGUAUUGGUAUCGGGUGAUCGAGAUUUCUCCAAUGCCCUGCACCAGCUGAGAAUGCGUAGAUACAACAUUCUUGUAGCACAACCUCAAAACGCAUCUGCAGCACUUGUCUCUGCAGCAAAGACUGUAUGGCUCUGGACUAGCCUUUCAGCUGGGGGGCCCCCUCUCAAUCAUAGCGAAUCAAUACCACUAGGAAAAGAAAAUUACAAGACUUCUAACUUUCAACAUGGAAAUGGAUCUACUGCUCAUAAUUCAAACAUUUCAUUUACUGGUCAGUUUUUGGCACCUAAUCCACAUGCACACAAAAGUGUGGUGCCGCAGGGGAAGAAGGCAAAAAAGUUGAUGAAAAAAAACAGUCAACUAAAGGGUGUGAAGAACAUGAAAAGGAAGGGUAACAUCUCAAGUGGCCCACCUAGUAAGAAACGUAAGAAAAGUGACAGUGGAGUUGCAAGUCAUGAAUCUCGUUCCGGUUCCGGGCAAGCUAAGACUUGUCCUAACUGCAAGCAGAUCCAUUUGGGGAAGUGUAAUGAGGCACGAAGUUGUCACCAUUGUGGAGCUACAAGGCAUCUGAAAAGUGAUUGUAAACAGUUAGGUGGAUCCAUAAGAGAUGGUGUUGGCCAAGCAUUGGCCGGAGGGAAAGGUACUACUUGCUGUAGAUAUGGAACCACACCACCUAGCGUCCCUCAGAUGACAAGUGGAUCCACUCCAGCUGCUGUUAGUCAGGUCAUGGGGUGUGGAAGUAGUCUUGAUAAGGGCAAAGCUGGAUCCACUAGCAAUAAUGUUAGGCAAGCCAUUUGUGGAGGAAACUGUCAUGAUAGUAGUAUAUCUGGAGACCAGACACUAAGCUUCACUCAUAUGGCAGUUGAAGUGGCAAAUCCAUAUGUUUCUCAUCAGGUCAUGUGUGGCCGAGUGUCGGGGCAUCAAGAAAGGAAUUGCCAACAGCUGACAGGUGUAUCCAUUAGAGACGAUGUAAGCCAGGCCAGUGGAGACCACCAGGAUAUGAGCAUAUCGAUGAGUAUAUCUAGAUUCCCCACACCAAGUGCCACUCACAUAACAGGUGGGUCCAGUCCAUAUGUUACUAGUCAGGCGAUGAGGGGUGGAAAUGAACAGAAUAUGGGUGUAUCCGGAGCCCUGACAUCGAGCAUCACUCAGCAGACAGGGGUAACUUGUAAGGCCCUAACACCAAGGUGUUACCACUGUGGAGAGUUUGGGCAUCUGAGAAAGGAUUGUCAACUUUUGACAGGUGGAUCCACGAGCAGAAAGAAAUGCGAUGAUAGUAGUAUAUCUGGAGAGCCGGCACCAGAGAUCACUCACAUAGCAGGUGAAAAGACCAAUCCGGAUGUUCCUGAGCAGGUUACGGGUGGUGGAGAUUCGGGUUAUAAACAAAGGGAUUAUCAAUCAUUGACAGGUGGAUCCAUUAGAGAUGAUGUAAGCCAGGCCAUGGGUUGUGGACACUAUCAGGAUAUAGGUAUAUCUAGAUCCCCCACGCAGAGUGUCACUCACAUAACUGGUGGGUCCCCUCCACGUGUUGCUAGUCAGGUCAUGGGUGCUAGAAGCUGCCAUGAUAUGGAUAUAUCUGGAGCCCGGACACCAAGCAUAACUCACCAGACAGGGGUGCCAAGUAAUGCCCGAAGUCCGAGGUGUUACCUUUGUGGAGAGUUUGGGCAUCUGAGAAGGGAUUGUCAACUUUUGACAGGUGGAUCUAAUGUUAGCCAAGUUACGUGCAGAGGGAACUGUCAUGAUAGUAGUAUAUCCGGAAACAUGACACCGAGUGCCAGUCACAUUGCAGGUGAAGUGGACAGUUUAGAUGUUGCUAAUCAGGUCGCGGGUGGUGGAGAGUCGGGGCAUCAGCAUAGCGCCUGUCAACAAUUGACAAGUGGAUACACUAGAGAUGAUGUAAGCCAAGACAUAGGUGGCGGAAACCACCAGGAUAUGGACGUAUCUAGUUCUUCCGCACCAAGUGUUCCUCACAUAACUGGUUGGUCUAGUCCAGAUAUUGCUAAUGAGGUCAUGGGCGGUGGAAACCUCCAGGAUAAUGGUAUAUCUGGAACCCUGACACCAAGCGUCACUUACCAGGCAGGGGUUGAUAGUGGUGCCCUAAUGCCGAGGUGUUACCGUUGUGGAGAAUUUGGGCAUCUACGAAAGGAUUGUCAUUUGUUGGAAGGUGGAACUACUAGAGAUGAUGUUCGCCAGGCCAUGGGUGAUAUAAACCACCAGGAUAUAUAUAUAUCUAGAUCCUCCACACCAAGUGUCAGUCACAUAGCAGGUGGGUCGUGUCCAGAUGUUGCUAGUCAGAUCAUGGGUUGUGGAUACUACCCCGAUAUGGGUAUAUCUGGAGCCCCAACACCAAGCAUUACUCACCAGACUGGAUUGGCUAGUAAUGCCCUAACACCAAGGUGUUACCGUUGUGGAGAGUUCGGGCAUCUGAGAAAGGAGUGUGAUUUGUUGACUGGUGGAUCCACUAGAGAAGAUCUUAGCUUGUCCAUGGGUUGUGGGAACUUUAAUGAUAGUAGUAUAGCUGGAGAGCCGAGACCGAGCUUUGUCACUCGAAUGACAGGUGGCAUGGCCAGUAUAGCUGCUGUUAAUCAGGUCAUGGGUGGCGUAAAUCCCCAGAGUAUGGCCAUAUCUAGAGCUCCUGAUACCACCCUUCAUUCACUUUAUCACAUGCAACAUUAUAUGCCAUGAGGGGGAGUUACAGGUAAUAUUCUUGUUGCAUGUUACUUGGAAUAAGGCUUUGUGGUUGUU